GCCAUCUUUUAUGCUGCUGGCAGAACAGUGUGUCUCUGAUGUAACCUCGGGUCUCAAAGUAGCGGUCAUCUGAAUGAACAAGGAAGUAAAAAGACCAUUUAUUUACUGUGCGAGAUGGCCAUCAUUCGUAUGUUGUUCUCUUUCCUGAACAAUCCACGAGUCAUUGAGAAACUAGCGGAGUCUCGUCCUAUCCGACGUGCGGCACAGAUCACAGCUUUUGCGAUCAUCAAAGCACAAAUCGCUGGGAAGGUUGCGACGGCGAAGGUCCUGAAGUCAGACACGCUACGCCAGGUUCGGCAAGAGGCAAACGGACGGAUUCCCCGAGACGCUGGUGACAUCGGGACCCGGUUCAGAAGAGUGAGGGAGACUUUUGUCAAGGAGGUGAAAGAUGGCUUCAGAGACGCUCAGGGACAACUAAAGAAAUGAAGCAGUAGUCUUUUGUCUGUAUGACAGACAAACAAUCAUGUGAACUGUUGAUAACGUGACCGACAACAUGACCCGUCCCACAACUGUCUAGGCCGACUACUAUUACAUCACUGAGCCAAUAUUUUUAUAUAUAUUGACGGGAACACUAAGCUACUGGUAAACCAGCUACUAUGUCUCAAAACAUACUGAAGAUUAGCUUUCCAUCAGGGAGAUAUCAUGUAAUGAGUGUGGAGUGUUUCUGACUGGUUAAAAAACAAAGUUUCGCCCCUAUAAUGAAUGUUGGCGUUUGUGGUGGAUGAGUCUACUGUAACAGGUCUGGGUUUGUGGUGAGUUAGCCUACUGUAACACGUCUACAUACUGGAGACAGAUUUGUUGCAAUCUACCCAGUAGUAUUUAUUCAGGAGUUUGUGUUUGUAGAUCUGGAAUCGUUUACCUGAUCUGACUUACAGAAUACCAUCAUAUAGUAUGUUUGCUGUAAUGCAGUCCCACGUCAGUUCCCAUGACAUAUUAUGACUUGAGGUGUUUAAAGGUUUGGAUUGUCCUCACCUAUUGGCCAAAUCUUAGUGUGCUUUUAAAUUAAAUGUCUUGUAUUUUACCAAUAAAAGACCAUUCAGAUAAAACAUGACUAGAAAACACAAGGUUUAGGCCUCUAUUCAAUCAAUCCGUAUUGUGUAAAAUUCUGCACUAAAGUCCAAUUGAAAUUCAAA